AGAAUAUGUAACGUUACCGUUUUCUCAGUUGUCAUGGUACGCGCUUCUCUAGAUAGAGACGCAUCAUUAAUAGCAAUUAUCAAACCCCUGUACUCCUCCAUGCGCUCUGUUGUGUCUACUAUAAAUACCAUCGCUGCCCUUAUGUAUUACCCAAACCUCCUAAGUAUGCUUUAGACAGAAAGUAGCAGCAAGCCUUCAUAGAAGUUGAGAUUGAUCAGCAAUCAGUUUUAUCUUUAGGACCCGGCGGAGCGCUCAUAUGUAACUGGACAUCGUGGCUCCAUUUCAGAAAGAUUGCUUAUCUCUCUCCACCUCUGUUCACAACUCAGCUGGGCUGAGAAACCAGCCUAAACCAUCCAAGAGUUGCUCUCCAUCGGGAAGCGCUUGUUUACGCGUAGAUGGACUUGGAUAAAUCUUGGACUACAGUGAAACUGCUACUUAAGCUUUUUAUUUUCUCUCUCCAUGCGCCAUUCCGGCGAACACUGCGCCAGGCACCGUAAAGUCAAGCUUAUUUCGUGAACAGCCGUGGAUUAUUGGAGUCUCUAGUGGAAAAGAAGCUUUCAAUAUCAGCUGAUCUUUUCCAGGAUCACUGUUUGGAAGAAUAAAUGCUUCGUUAGAAAGACUGAAAGUUACAGGAAAGUUGUAACAAAAGGAGAAAGCGGUGUUUUUCCUUAAGCGCAACGCACGAGUUGUGCGUGAAUUUAACGUUUAUUGACAAUUUAUUUGCUAAAUAGAGCAAGACACAAAAAGGCUGUCAGCUUCGAGUUCAGAUCUGUCAGCGAAUUCUGUAAAUUACUUGUUGAACGAGCAGCUCGUCCCAGGGGCGCUUUCGAAUGAUGCUGCCAGAUGCAAACAGCGUUUCUGACAGAGGAUCAAGAUCAAAUGUCUGCUGACAUCUGAGAGGUGUCACUCCCCUCUGAGCAUCGCUUCUGACCACUGGUUGACCUUUUCAUUGGCGAUUACCACCACGGAAGUGCACGUGUUGGCACAUCUCAUCAGCCAGUCAGACGAGGUGGCAAUCAAAGGCAGAAAAAACAAAAACUGAAUGGAGGCUAAUCCUUUCUUCAACCUGCUCACACUCAAGUGCAAGAUGCUGUUUCUAAAUGCUCGAUUGCGCUGCUCAAACCUGCAAAAAUACUAGACACAGCCAGAGAAGAAGCAGCAGCUUUAGAGACAAAAAAGAAAGUGUACAGAAACCAUAAAGAAAAGAUCAGCAAUGUUUUGGCCUAUAUUAUUCACCCUGCAGGCUGUGUGCACCAGUGUAGCACACGCUAUGCAACAUUACCCAGCAGCCUGGGGACACUAUGACGUGUGCAAGUCGCAGAUCUAUACAGAGGAGGGCCUGGCAUGGGACUACAUGGCCUGUCAGCCAGAAGCCACCGACAUGACAAAGUACCUACGAGUGGCCCUCGACCCCCCAAACAUCACGUGUGGAGAUCCGCCCGAGACGUACUGCGCCUUGGAGAAUCCUUACAUGUGCAACAAUGAAUGCGAUGCUGAUACAGAGGAGCUGGCUCAUCCUCCUGAGCUCAUGUUUGACUUUGAGGGUCGUAACCCUACGACUUUUUGGCAGUCAACGUCGUGGAAGAAGUACCCAAAACCCCUGCAGGUCAACAUCACUCUUUCAUGGAACAAGACAGUAGAGCUGACUGAUGACAUUGUAAUUACUUUUGAGUCGGGUCGACCAGAGCAGAUGGUUCUUGAAAAGUCCCUUGACUAUGGUCGGACCUGGACCCCUUACCAGUUCUAUGCCACUGACUGCUUAGACGCUUUUACCAUGGAACCCAAGACAGUGAAUGACCUUACCCAACGCACCCUGCUCGACAUCAUUUGCACCGAGGACUACUCUCGCGGCUACGUGUGGAAAAAUGACAAGACUGUUCGAUUUGAGAUAAAGGAUCGCUUCGCUCUGUUUGCCGGACCCCGACUACACAACAUGGCCUCGCUAUACGGCCAGCUGGAUACCACUAAGAACCUGAGGGAUUUCUUCACGAUCACUGAUCUGAGGGUUAAACUACUGAAACCGGCAACUGGAGCCACCAUGGUGGAUGAAAACAACCUGUCCAGAUAUUUCUACGCCAUCUCUGACAUCAAAGUACAGGGCAGGUGCAAGUGCAACCUGCAUGCCAACAGCUGUGUGUUUGACAAGGGGAAGCUGGGCUGUGAGUGUGAACACAACACCACAGGGCCGGACUGCAGCCGCUGCAAGAGGCACUACCACGGAAGAGCCUGGAGCGUGGGCUCCUACCUGCCCAUUCCCAAAGGAACUGCUAAUAUAUGCAUUCCCAGUAACCAAGGCCCAGUGCAUCGAGCAAAUGCUUCAUCACUUGGUGUUGCAAAUCGUAACCAAGCUCGGGUGUGCGACAACACGAUGCUUCGCUGUCAGAACGGCGGCACGUGCCACCACCAUCAGCGGUGCCACUGUGCCCCCGGCUUCAUGGGCGUCCUGUGUGAGAGAGCUCGCUGCCAGGGACCCGGAGAGUGCGAUGACCAGCUGUCUGGACGGGCAGUGCUCCAUCAUUGCCCCAUAGGUCACCAUCUUUUCCUUUCCCUCGUAGUGAUUUCAGUUGUUUCCCUUUGCUGAGAGACCAGAACCAAAUCCUCCACUAAGACUGAACUUUCAACCUGUACGGAGAUAAAAAACAAAACAAAAGAAUGUGUAGACGAUGCGCUCAGCGUGCAAUAUAGCAACUCUUUUGUACAUCCGGAGCCACGGCGGUGCAUGGGUGACAACAACAUUACUGCAGGUUGUGCACUAAUGCAUCAAACUGAAUGAUAUACAGAUUUAUAAAAAGACUUGAUGAAGACACUGUUGUUUUGUAACUCCACAGAAACAAAACUAAACCUGUAAGGCACCCUUGCUUUGUGAUAACGCCAUUGUCAAAUAUUCCAUCCAAGGGAAACUGGAGAUUCUGCUCUGAUUAGAGCAAACAGACUCAUCGUUUCUAAGCAUCAUCUGCAGUUAGAGUAGAAUAAUGGACAGAAUUUAAAACAUCUUGCUUCACUGCCUCCUACCUUCUCUCCUGUUCUCUCCCCCUUUCCCUGUGCUUUAGUGAACCUGGUGAUUUUACUUUGCUGAAGGGUGUCGGAUGUUUUGCAAACUGCUGCACAUGCAGCACUAUCAACCUCUUUCCUUCCAAGGACCAGUCUAGUACCUUUUUGAUUUACAGAGGCUUUGUAGUCUUGCUUGAGCUCACCUGUAUCAGAAAAAAAAGAAAGUUGUAACAUACUGUAACUGUAUUUAAUUUUGUAUAAAACAGAUAUUUUCAUGACUACGCUAAGGAUAAAAAAGACAGAUGUAUUACUUGUUUUCUAUUGCCGUGCCCUUCAGUAGACGUGGACAAGUAAGGAUGUCGGUUGUGUUAUUUCUCUUCCUUUGAGAGCUGCUUUCAGAAAAUAUGUUUACAUACACACUCACACAAUACACUUUCACCAAAGCGCAAAAGAAAAUCAUGUCUUUGUCUUGUUGUUGAGCAGUAAUAACUUUACUAGGCAGUAACGCGACAUUCGAGACAAGAUGUACACCGUUUGUCGACAAGUGCAGGCAAACGGCAAGAGUUGAAUGUCAUUUUAAAGGCUUUUUAAAAGCGAUGGGUUUCAGUCAUUGACCAUUUCACCGAAGCAGAGGUUGCUGAUGAUUAUAUAUCGGCCUGUGCUGCAACACGUUGCUGCUGAGCUCGGGAAAUGAAGGCGAAACGGAGGAAUGUUGAGCCAAAAUCCCAUCAACCUUAUGUAAAUUUAACAAGAGGAGAAAAGAAGAUUGCACGGCUGUCGCAGAGGUUGUCCAUCUCAAAUCUGUAAUCCGAUCCAGUCCUCCAAUCAAAUGGUAAGAGGGGAAGGUUUUCUGAACUGCCACGGCUGAAAGGCUGCAUCCUGCUGUGGGAGCCACCACAAAACUGCACGUUCAGGAAAUGAGCUUUAAUUUAUGGAGGGUCAUUGAAUAGAAAUGAAGGUGCAUCCCACUGGGCCACAUAUUGAGGACUGAGACCAAUUUUAUUUGAGAGAUUAAUUUUACUCGGGAGGUUGUCGUCAAACACCUAAUUGUGCUGAAGUUUAAUGUAAGUGCCUCUCAUUAAAAGACACUGUCUACGAUAGAACAGAA